AUGUCAAAAAGAGUGGUUGUAACAGGACUGGGUUGUGUGACACCACUAGGAAGAACGUUAAAUGAGUCAUGGAGAAACUUACUCUCUUCUAAAAAUGGACUAACACCAAUCACAUCCUUACCUGACUACGAAAAGGAGUACAAACCCAGAGAGAAGAGCAUUCCAUCGACGAUAACCGUAGGGAAGAUCCCAGAAGACUUUCAUGAUAAGGAAUCCGCCAUCUCCAAGUUACUAUUUACAGGCCAAGACGAAAGAAGAACCUCAAGCUUCAUCAAACUAGCCGUACGUACGACAUAUGAAGCUCUUCAACACGCCGGUCUCUUACGCCCAAAUGAAAUAAACAUUAACACAUCACUAUGUAAUUUGGACCACUUUGGGUGCCUGAUAGGAUCCGGCAUAGGAUCUAUUCAGGAUAUAUACCAAACCUCUUUGCAGUUCCAUAAUGAUAAUAAAAAGGUAAACCCUUAUUUUGUCCCAAAGAUCCUCACAAACAUGGCAGCCGGUAACGUGUCCAUAAAAUUCAAUCUGAAAGGAUUAUCUCACAGUGUUUCUACAGCAUGUGCAACAGGUAAUAAUUCCAUUGGCGACGCAUUCAAUUUCAUCCGGUUGGGCAUGCAGGAUAUCUGCGUCGCUGGUGCAAGUGAAACGAGUUUACAUCCGCUAAGUUUAGCAGGAUUUAUCAGAGCGAAAUCAAUUACCACUAAUGGAAUAUCUAGACCAUUUGACACAGAACGCUCUGGGUUCGUGCUUGGUGAAGGAUGCGGCAUGCUCGUCAUGGAGUCCUUAGAACAUGCCCAAAGAAGAAAGGCAAAUAUAAUAUGUGAAAUAGUCGGCUACGGGUUAAGUAGUGAUGCCUGUCAUAUCACCUCCCCUCCUGCUGACGGAAAUGGUGCCAAGAGAGCGAUAGAAAUGGCCCUCAAAAUGGCUCACCUAAAACCGAGCGACGUUGAUUACGUCAAUGCUCACGCCACAUCAACUUUAUUAGGCGAUAAAGCAGAAUGCCUGGCCAUUACGUCUGCACUUUUGCCAGGAAGGCCCGCAAGUAAACCAUUGUAUAUAUCAAGUAACAAAGGCGCAAUUGGCCAUCUUUUAGGUGCAGCUGGUGCAGUAGAAAGUGUGUUUACAAUUUGUUCCCUGAGGGAUGAUAUGAUACCACAUACAUUGAACCUAAAGAAUAUACUACAUCUGGAAAAUGACGAGUCCGACAGACUAUAUUUUGUAAGAGAUAAACCUAUAGAAAAAGCUAAUCCGAAAUACGCAUUAUGCAAUAGCUUCGGAUUUGGAGGAAUCAACACAUCUCUUCUUUUUAAAAAAUGGGAGAAAAUCUGA